CCCUUGCCUCAAGUCCCUAUUUCCUGUCCACGAGGGCAAAAAUGUCUUGACCUCAAUUAUUCUUCCUUCUUAGCUAUUGCGAGUAAUCUUAUACAAUUUAAUUCUCGCGUUGUCGCGGAGCCAGGUACACAAGAUGGGUGUAGCGUCUACACUCAUGUCGCGAUUCUGCAGGAUCUUACCACCCGUCACCAUCGUCACGAUAUGCUUCUACUUCCUCAUUAAGCUCUCCCCCUUUUCCAACGCAGUUGCAUCCGAUCCUGGGAGAUGGAAUAAUCACUCCUUGGAUGUUGUUGAAGAAGAAGAAGAUUACACCUCGACAUUCGACACGACUGCCGUCCCAACGCCUCGUCAAACCUCAGUAGCGUAUAUCGAAGAUCUUGAAAAUAAGGGCGAGAUUGGAGACUUUGUUGAUGACGAUGAGGUUCUUCCUUUUGUUAACAUUGAAGAUGAGGCGGAUUGGGACGAGGAGGAUCUUCAGGAGAUGAGUGGUGGGAAGUAUGAGAACGAGACCGUUGAUGAUGGUGGCGACUGGUCUAGAUUCGCUUACAUUCAGUAUGUGACAAAUGAGGACUACCUUUGCAACUCGGUCAUGAUAUUUGAGGCGUUGCAUCGGUUGGGAAGCAAGGUGGAUAGACUCUUGAUGUAUCCGCAGGAGAUGCUUGACCCAGAGGCCGCGUACUCAAGCUCGCAUGGUGGAAAGCUUCUAAUCAGGGCAAGAGAUGAGUAUAAUGUCACUCUUCAACCCAUUGAGAUCCAGCACCGCGAUGGACAAGACGAAACAUGGGCAGAUUCCUUCACCAAACUCCUCGCCUUCAACCAAACCCAAUAUGAGCGCGUCCUCUCCCUCGACUCAGACAGCACGGUCCUCCAACACAUGGACGAACUCUUCGAACUCCCCCCCUGUCCCGUCGCAAUGCCCCGCGCAUACUGGCUCUACAACGACAACCCACCCAAGAAGAUCCUCUCCUCCCAAAUAAUGCUAAUCCAACCCGACGAGGUUGAAUUCGAGCGCAUCGUCCAAAAGAUGAACAGCAUAGGGCCAAACGACUACGACAUGGAGAUUGUUAACAGUUUAUAUCUUGACAGCGCUCUUGUCUUGCCUCACAGGAAAUACGAUAUGCUCACGGCGGAGUUUAGAGCCAAAGACCAUUCAGCGUAUCUUGGUAGUGAGAGGGAGCAGUGGGAUCCGAAUGCUGUGCUGAACGAGGCCAAGUUUGUGCAUUUUUCGGACUGGCCUGUUCCCAAGCCGUGGAUUAACGAUCCCGAAGUGAGACUGCAGAAUCAGCCGGAUUGUGCUACGAAUGAGACGACCUGUGCGGAGAGGGAGAUCUGGAAUGGGUUUUAUACGGACUUCAAGGAUAACAGAGAGAGAGUUUGUGAGUCGUUUGGAACGCAGAAAUGGAUACAUUGGAAGAGAAUGGAGAGGAGGACUAUGUGACGGUUCAUGUACAUAUAGAGAUAGCCGGGAUGCUCAAGGUUGAAGGUGAUUUAUGAGUCGCAAAAAGGAAUAAAAAUGAGUAUUAUGAAUGG